AUGCAUACUGCACCUAAAUCUUGGUCGGUAGAACAAGUAGCCGAGUGGCUUGAAUCUGUUGAUUUAAGCGAAUUUAUCGAAAAUUUUAAAGGUAAGUCUUGUGCAAUCUUUUAUAUAAUACUUAAGCGUAUCGUUAAAGACUGUGUAUAGUUUAUAAAUAAAAAUUGUAUUUCUAGCAAGUGUAGUUUUACAUCACACUCUUUAGACAGCUUGCUUUUGUUCUUAAAAGUAAUCGUUUUGUCGAUAUUUGUAGACAACGAAAUUGAUGGUUCGUUAAUAAUGACUGAUGGCUUAGACGAUACAACGUUGAAACAAUUAAUUACUAAAAUAAAGUACCAGAUAAUAUUCAAAAAUGAACUUGUCAAGCUAAAGUAAUAAUUUCCAGAAAGCAAAAUGUUUGUUUCCUGUAUUUUAAGUAAAACUUUUAUUUUAGAUCAAAGUAUCAAGAUAAGUCUAUAAUAUUAACAGCAGACAGCAAUGAUACUCAAGAUCACAAAGUCUUACCGGCAGGUUAGUGACCAUCUUUUAUAUUUAUUAAGCUCACAUUAAUACAAUCGGUUUACUAUAAAAACAUCGAAAGUAA